AUUGAAGUUUUGUGUGGACUCCUGCAAAAGAGUAAUUUGGCUAAGAAGCUAAUUCUCCUUUGAAGAAUAGCCUGAAAAACUUAAUAUGAGUUACUGAUGUUUAAUAGCUAAUGAUAUUUCUCAUGACUCAUUAGAUGCCCUUUGUAGUUGUCAAAAUUUUAUUGGAGCUCUUUCCACAGCAUUGAAGUGACUCCCCUACUGUCCUCUGCCUGCAGCAAUUACAGUUCGUCUUUCAAGUUUCACUUUGGAGUCUGGGCCACUGCGGUUCUCAAACCAGAUUUGCUAGUGCUGUCUUCACUGCUACAGACUUCUUCAUUCUUUACCUUUUUCUUUUUCACGGGAACUUUGUCGCUUCAUUCUUAUGUACAUAUCUUUGCACCUUGUAAUCAUCCUUUGUACGUCAGGUACUAUUCUCUUUUUCCAUUUCCAGCAAGAAGUAAUUCUUGAGGACAUACUGUGUACUUACACUAUUUUAAAUGCUAUAGGUAAUUUAGAAGUAAUGCCUAAAACCAGUUCUUUCUCCUAGAACUUUAGAUUCCAGAUAGAGAAAUAACACGUGUUCAGGUUAAAGACCUCCGAGCUAGAGGUGGGGGCGGGAAAGGUGCUUUGGAGUGGAGGAUACUAAAGAGACUGGCUCGAUUGGCAUGGAAAGAGGGGUGGGCUUGGAAAAGAAAGAUAUGCCGUUUUAGUUCUCUCUCUGACACUUUCAUCAUUUCUUUCUUGAGUUUCCUCCUUUACCGAAAUGCUCUCUUUAAAGGGGUGUUGUAGAAAGCAAAUGAGAUAGGGCUUUGAAGAUCAAAAGCACCAUAUAAUUAAAUUUCAGUGGUUCUUUUGGGAAUUAAUGACAGUCAGGAUUGCCUGAGCAUUGGGGACAGUUUAUAAAGGACCAUGAGUGCAAGACUGAGGACUGUGGACUGGAAAACUAUUAAAGGCUUUCAAUCAGAGUGAUGUGAUGAUUGUUAUUUUGGGUCAGUAAGUAAUCCAUGAAGUGCCAACAUGGGAAAGAAACGGACGAAGGGAAAAACUGUUCCAAUUGAUGAUUCUUCUGAAUCUUUAGAACCUAUGUGCAGACAUAUUAGAAAAGGAUUGGAACAAGGUAAUUUGAAAAAGGCUUUAGUGAAUGUGGAAUGGAAUAUUUGCCAAGAUUGUAAGACGGACAAUAAAGUAAAAGAUAAAACUGAAGAAGAAGCGGAAGAAGAAAAUCCUUCAGUUUGGCUAUGUCUUAAAUGUGGCCAUCAGGGCUGCGGCAGAAAUUCUCAGGAGCAGCACGCUUUGAAGCACUAUAUGACACCAAGGUCUGAACCUCAUUGUCUGGUUCUUAGUUUGGACAACUGGAGUGUAUGGUGUUACCUAUGUGACGAGGAGGUCCAGUAUUGUAGUUCAAACCGACUGGGUCAGGUGGUUGAUUACAUUAGAAAACAAGCCGGUAUUGCAACUCCAAAAUCAGCUGCAAAAGAUAAUGGUAGCAUUGAACUUGAAAAUAAAAAAUUAGAAAAGGAGAGUAAAAAUGAACAAGAGAGAGAAAAAAAGGAAAACAAAGCUAAAGAAAAUCCUCCCAUGAAUUCUACUUCUCAAAUAACUGUGAAAGGGCUCAGUAAUUUGGGAAAUACAUGCUUCUUCAAUGCAGUUAUGCAGAAUUUGUCACAAACACCUGUGCUUAGAGAACUGCUAAAAGAAGUGAAAAUGUCUGGAACAAUUGUAAAAAUUGAACCUCCUGAUUUGGCACUAACAGAACCUUUAGAAAUAAACCUUGAGCCUCCAGGCCCUCUUACCUUAGCCAUGAGCCAGUUUCUUAAUGAGAUGCAAGAGACCAAAAAGGGAAUUGUGACACCUAAAGAACUCUUUUCUCAGGUCUGUAAAAAAGCAGUGCGUUUUAAAGGCUAUCAGCAGCAAGACAGCCAGGAGCUGCUUCGUUAUUUAUUGGAUGGCAUGAGAGCUGAAGAACACCAAAGAGUGAGUAAAGGAAUUCUUAAAGCAUUUGGUAAUUCUACAGAAAAAUUGGAUGAAGAACUAAAAAAUAAAGUUAAAGAUUAUGAAAAGAAAAAAUCAGUGCCAAGUUUUGUGGACCGCAUCUUUGGUGGUGAACUGACUAGUACAAUCAUGUGUGAUGAAUGUAGAACUGUCUCCUUGGUUCAUGAAUCUUUCCUUGAUUUGUCUCUACCAGUUUUAGAUGAUCAGAGUGGUAAGAAAAGUAUAAAUGAUAAAAAUCUGAAAAAGACAAUGGAGGAUGAAGAUAAAGACAGCGAGGAAGAAAAAGAUAAUGACAGUUACAUAAAAGAGAGAAAUGAUAUUCCUUCAGGAACAAGUAAGCACUUACAAAAGAAAGCAAAGAAGCAAGCCAAAAAGCAAGCCAAGAACCAACGAAGGCAACAAAAAAUUCAAGGAAAAGUUCUUCAUUUAAAUGAUAUCUCUACCAUUGACCAUCCUGAAGAUAAUGAUUGUGAGGUCGAAAUGUCACUUCAGGGAGAAGUGGAUAGUAAAUCUGACCACAUUUCACAAGAGGAAGUUAUAAAUAAAGAGUAUUGUGUUAAUCAGAAAGAUUUGAAUGGCCAAGAAAAACUGAUAGAAAGUGUAACUGACAAUCAAAAAUCCACAGAGGAAAUAGAUAUGAAACAUGUCAACAUGGACAAUGAUCUGGAGGUUUUGUCAUCUUCUCCCAAUGAAUGUACUAGGAAUUUAAAUGGUGCCUACCCGCAAGAAGGAAGCAAUGGAGAAGGGGACAUUUCCAGUGGUUUGAAAAACCUUAACUUGAAUGCUGCUCUUCAACCCGACGAAAUAAACAUAGAAAUUCUGAAUGACAGUCAUGCUCCUGGGACCAAGGUGUUUGAGUUUGUAAACGAAGAUCCAGAAACUGCUUUCUGUACUCUUGCGAACAGGGAAGCGGUCGGUACUGAUGAAUGUUCAAUCCAGCACUGUUUAUAUCAGUUCACCCGAAACGAGAAACUCCGGGAUGCAAAUAAACUGCUUUGUGAAGUAUGCACCCGGAGACAGCAUAACGGACCAAAGGCAAAUCUAAAAGGUGAAAAGAAACAUGUUUACACCAAUGCCAAAAAGCAGAUGCUGAUUUCUCUUGCUCCUCCUGUUCUCACUCUUCAUUUAAAGAGAUUUCAGCAGGCUGGUUUUAACCUACGCAAAAUUAACAAACACAUAAAAUUUCCAGAAAUCUUAGAUUUGGCUCCUUUUUGUACCCUUAAAUGUAAGAAUGUUGCUGAAGAAAAUACAAGGGUACUGUAUUCCUUAUACGGAGUUGUUGAACACAGUGGUACCAUGAGGUCAGGACAUUACACUGCCUAUGCCAAGGCACGAACGGCAAAUAGUCAUCUCUCUCAUCUUGUUCUCCACGGUGAUAUUCCACAUGAUUUUGAAAUGGAAUCAACCAAAGGGCAAUGGUUUCACAUCAGCGAUACACAUGUGCAAGCUGUGCCUACAACUAAAGUACUUAACUCACAAGCGUACCUCCUAUUUUAUGAGAGAAUACUGUAACAAUUUCAAAGUGCUUUCUCUGGAAAGACGUUUAUGCUUUUAUAAUGGCUGUAAUAUUAAUAAAGAAGUAAAGACUAACUGUAAAUCAUGUUCACGUCAGAUUAAAUAAUGCCAGAAAUCAUGUUUAUUGAAAUAUUGAAGGGAAAAUAACUACAAAUUUACAAUGGC